CUGACCUCAGGUGAUCCCGCCCACCUCGGCCUCCCAAAGUGUUGGGAUUAUAGGCGUGAGCCACUGCCCCUGGCCUGUUCCCUGUGUUUUCUGAUUCUGGAAUUGUUCUUUUCCUUCUCCACUGCUUGUCUGCUUGUCUUAAAUUCUGGCCAUCUCAUGUCUUUGUUAAUCUCUGCCAUCCAAGUUGGCACUUAAUCACAUUAUCUCUGGCAUAAAUCAGUGUUUCAAUUGUUAGUCUUAUUAACUAGAUUAUAAACUCGUCAAGGGAAGAUACUGUAUUUUGUACAUCAACUGAGCACGUAGUAGGUAUCAAGUAAAUAUUUGUGGAUUAAUCCUCCAUUUCCAUCCCAGGUCAUAGAAAAUAGGAACUGGCUGAAAACUUUUAAGAUAAGCAGGAGGAUGAGAGCACCUGGGCAGAGGUGGAGUUGAUGGUGCUGGUGGUUGUUGGAGACAUGGGUAUUUUGGUUAAAUGCACCUAAGGCAGCGUACACUUACCAGGCUGGUGGCCUUUAGAAUGUAUCUACAAAAUUGCUUUGCAGUCCUUUCCUCCUGCCAUUCCAUGACACUGGUUCUCCUCUGCUUAUUUCCUACAGUUUUUGUCCUUUUAUCCUGUAAUCUGUCACCAUGACCCUGACAAAAGGUUCCUUCACCUACUCCAGUGGGGAGGAAUAUCGUGGCGAAUGGAAGGAGGGCCGCAGGCAUGGUUUUGGUCAACUGAUGUUUGCAGAUGGUGGCACCUACCUGGGUCAUUUUGAGAAUGGGCUCUUUAAUGGCUUUGGGGUAUUGACCUUCUCAGAUGGUUCAAGGUAUGAGGGGGAGUUUGCCCAGGGCAAGUUUAAUGGCGUCGGAGUCUUCAUUCGAUACGACAACAUGACGUUUGAGGGGGAAUUUAAAAAUGGCAGAGUAGAUGGUUUUGGCCUGCUGACUUUCCCCGAUGGUUCUCAUGGAAUCCCCCGCAAUGAAGGUCUCUUUGAGAACAACAAGCUGCUGCGGCGUGAGAAGUGUUCUGCCGUCGUUCAGCGGGCCCAGAGCGCCUCCAAGUCAGCCAGAAAUCUCACUGCCUGACAGCGCGGUGGGCACCAGCUGACAAGUAUUGGGUAAAGCCAGUGCGCCCCUUGUUGACUCGAGGUGAACAAAUGAACCAGAGCUGAGAUGAAUUGACAAUGACAGUGGAGCAGAGAGGUCUUGUAUGUGCCCUGUCACCUGCCAUUCCAGAACUGGACCGCAGAAAAGUGCUGAGGAUGCUGGCCAGCGGACGCUGCUCAGUCAUUGGUGGUUCUGUCUUUCCCUGACCCUUGUGUGCUGGAGGACAGAGGAACCGCCUCUUCUCACUGUUGAUACUCUGUUCCUAAGACCUCGGGUUACCCAGUGCAGCCUGCUGUGACCCUUCUGCUUCAUUUUCUGCCAAGUGAUAACAGAACCUUCAUUCUGCUGCUUUUGGGGCAGGUGAUUCUACCCCACCUUAGGGCCAGUGCUCUGUGCCACCCCAGAGAAACAGGAAAAAGAUAGGGGUGGCUCAGUGGAGCAGCCCUGUGAAAGUCAAGGCCAGAGCUUUUCUUUUUAAAUUUUAUUAUUAUUAUUAUUAUUUUGAGAUGGAGUCUCACUCUGUCGUCCAGGCUAGAGUGCAGUGGCGCAAUCUCGUCUCACUGCAACCUCCACCUCCCAGGUUCAAGCGAUUCCCCUGCCUCAGCCUCCUGAGUAGCUGGGACUACAGGAGUGCGCUACCACACCCGGCUAAUUUUUGUAUUUUCUUAAGUAGAGAUGGGGUUUCACCAUGUUGGCCAGGCUGGUCUCGAACUCCUGACCUCGUGAUCCACCCACCUCGGUCUCCCAAAGUGCUGGGAUUACAGGCGUGAGCCACCACGCCCAGCCUUUUAUUUUAUUAUUAUAAAAAAAUGAGCCAGGUCUUGCUAUGUUGCUCAGGCUCGUCUCAAACUCCUGGGCUCAAGCGAUGCUCCUGCCUGGGCCUGCCAGAGUGCUAGGAUUGCAGGUGUGAGCCACUGUGCCUGGCUGGCAGAGCUUUUCCGUAUGUUACUCCUCAUGCUAGUUAGAAUCAUAGCUCCAGGCUUUCACUUGGUCUGAUCAGACUGGUAUUCAUUCCUGCCUAUGCCCCUGAGAAGGAUUCGGUAAGAGUGCUAUUUCCUCCUCCCUUUAGAAGACAGACUGUCUUCUUUCACCAAGUUACAGCAGAUAAUCCCCAUGUGUGUGCCUCUCUCCUUCCUUAGAUGGGGAACAGGAUCCCUUUUUGGGACAGUCAAGAAAAAAACUCACGUAAACAGUAAUCUUAUUGUAUAUGUGACUAACUCCAGGGAAAAGGGUAGAAUAUUUAGGCCAUUUCAGGCCCUACCAUGGAGUGAACUGAAUUCGUAGGGAUGGCUUGGGCUGACACAGUUUCUUCCCAGUGGACCGAUAAAUCAGACUCACCCAAACCCCUGGGGUUUUGGUAGAACUGGACCUACUCUAGGACUGUAGGGAACUAAAGGAGCAUUUGGCUCACUGUAGCUCUUCUAUCAUGAGCCUUGACCGUCAGGCCGCAGUCAGACCUUACUGAUGGGAUCUCUGCAGUUUAUCACGGAGGCCUCCCGUUACCCUGGUACCCAAAUACGUCCCCCACCUCUAGCCCCCUAGCCUCACACUAAAUGUCUCCUCAACAGCAGAUGGUGGUGGAAGUUAUAGCCGUGUGCCUCUAUUUAUUCUCUGAAUUGUACUGUAGAAAAAGGUGUUUAUAAAGAAUAAAGAAAUCACCAGAACUGCCUAUA